AUGGCGAAACACGAUAAAUCGAAAAAGUUUUUAAUAGAUUUAGCCUCAGGUGGUGGCGCGGCAGCCGUUUCCAAAACGGCGAUGGCACCAAUUGAGAGGGUCAAAUUGUUACUACAGGUAAUUUUUUAAUUAAAAUGUUUUUUAUUUACGAAAAAGGGAAACAUUUUUAAAAAAUUGCAUUGUGCUUCAAAAUAUAAUAUAUUUCAAAAAAAAUUUUUAUACCUUAUAUAUUAUAUUUUCAGUCUCAACACGCAUCUACAACAAUCACAGUGGACAAACGAUACAAAGGAAUCGCAGACGUUUUAGUACGAGUACCGAAAGAGCAAGGACUGUCAGCUUUGUGGAGAGGAAACUUUGCCAAUGUCCUUCGAUACUUUCCAACUCAAGCAUUGAACUUUGCCUUCAAGGAUACCUACAAAAGGUUCUUCUUGAGUGGAGUCGACAAAGAGAAACAGUUUUGGAGGUUCUUUGCUGGAAAUCUGGCAAGUGGUGGUGUAGCUGGCGCUACAUCGUUAUGCUUUGUGUAUCCGUUGGACUUUGCUCGUACGAGAUUGGCCACAGAUAUUGGAAAAGGAACUUCGAGGGAAUUCAAGGGAAUGGGCGAUUGUUUGGUCAGAGUGGCCAAGUCCGAUGGUGUCAUUGGUCUUUAUAGGUAAGAUUUGGCGUUUUUUAUAAGAUAAAGUUAAACAAAUUUGUAAUUUUAUGUUUUUAUGUAAAAUACGUUGUAAAUUUUUUAAAUUGAUGGUUUUAGAGGUUUUGUGAUCUCAGUUCAAGGAAUCUUCAUCUACCGUGCCAGUUACUUUGGCCUUUAUGACACAAUCAAACCCAUAUUUAUGCCCGGAGGGAAACAAGCCAACUUCUUUGUGGCUUGGGGUCUGGCUCAAGUGGUGACUGUGACUUCUGGAUUCUUGGCAUAUCCAUUUGACACAGUGAGACGACGAAUGAUGAUGCAGUCGGGUAGGAAGGAUAUGAUGUACAAGAACACGUUGGACUGUAUUAGGAAGAUGUACAAAACAGAAGGACCGAGGGCUUUCUUCCAUGGUACCUUGUCCAAUAUUUAUCGUGGUACGGGGGCAGCUUUGGUAUUGGCAUUGUACGAUGAAAUUCACAAAUACUUGUAA